AUGGAAUACUCUACCAUCUCAUCUUCGAACUCCAUACAUAAUUUUCAGAGAAAGAUUGCUCUUAUAGGUGCUAGAAAUGUUGGUAAAACAACUUUAACUGUUCGUUUCGUUGAAUCGCGGUUCGUUGAGUCCUAUUAUCCUACUAUAGAAAACGAAUUUACCAGGAUAAUUUCUUACAAGAACCACGAUUGUACGCUGGAGAUUCUUGAUACUGCAGGCCAAGAUGAAGUCUCAUUACUAAGCACGAAAUCCUUGAUGGGCGUACGAGGUAUAAUACUGUGUUAUAGUAUUGUAAAUCGUGCAAGCUUUGAUGUUAUUCCCAUUCUUUGGGAUAAGCUGGUCGAUCAACUGGGUAAAGAUAAUCUCCCGGUGAUACUUGUGGGUACAAAAGUUGACUUGGGAAGAGGUACAAAAUGUGAAAAAAGGUGUGUAACGAAAACUGAGGGAGAGAAAUUAGCUUCAACAAUUGGCAGUCAGGAUAAGAGGAACCAAGCGAUGUUUAUAGAAUGUAGUGCCGAACAAGAUUAUAAUGUUGAAGAACUAUUUAUGCUUCUUUUAAAACAAAUGGAACGUGUGGAGGGAACUUUGGGUUUUGAUGGUGAAAAUAACAAUAAAUGCAAUGUUAUGUGA